AGUUGUGAAAAGAGAAACUCUAGGUGUCACAUGAUGGGAGGCCCUGGUCACGGAUGGCCAAGAACAUCCAAGAGUGCCAACAUGAGUGGGACAACCCCACCCAUGGCUGACAAGAGUCACCUCACACUCAAUCGCAGCAUUAGCCUCUACCCACUCACCAACUAUACCUUUGGAACCAAGGAUCCCCUCUAUGAGAAAGAUCCUUCUGUCCAGGCUCGCUUUCAGAGGAUGAGGGAGGAGUUCGUCAAGGUCGGCACACGCCGGAGUGUUGAAGGGGUUCUCCUUGUCCAUGAGCAUGGACUCCCACAUGUUUUACUCCUCCAGCUUGGUACCACUUUUUUCAAGUUGCCUGGAGGGGAGCUGAACAAUGAUGAAGAUGAGAUUGAGGGCCUCAAGAGACUUUUAACUGAGACCCUAGGCCGCCAAGAUGGGGCUCCACCGGACUGGAUUGUUGAGGACACCAUUGGCAACUGGUGGCGACCUAAUUUUGAGCCACCACAGUAUCCCUACAUCCCACCACACAUCACCAAGCCCAAGGAACACAAGAAGAUGUUUCUUGUCCAACUGGGCGAGAAGGCUUUGUUUGCUGUGCCCCGUAACUACAAACUGGUUGCUGCCCCUCUCUUUGAACUCUAUGACAACAGCCAAGGAUAUGGGCCAGUGAUUUCUUCUCUCCCUCAGGCCCUCUGCCGCUUCAAUUUCAAAUACAUGUGAAUUUACCUCCCCAAGAUGGAUCUCCUGUCUCUUGGUUUCAAUACAAUUGACUUUGUACCAAGACCUUAAAGA